UAUAGCUCCAUGGCCAGAAGGUACCAGCAGCUCUGCCUUUACUGAAAUCUCAGCUGGAGAAAGGUCCACAGCACAAUGAGGCUUUUCACAGGCGUUGUUUUCUGCUCCUUGGUCAUGGGAGUCACCAGUGAAAGCUGGUAUUCGUUUUUCAAGGAGGCUGUCCAAGGGGUUGGAGACUUGGACAGAGCCUAUUGGGACAUAGUGAUAUCCAGUCACCAAGAUUCAAACAGAUAUUUCUAUGCUCAGGGAAACUAUGAUGCUGCCCAAAGAGGACCUGGGGGUGUCUGGGCUGCUAAACUCAUCAGCCGUUCCAGGGUCUAUCUUCAGGGAUUAAUAGACUACUAUUUAUUUGGAAACAGCAGCACUGUAUUGGAGGACUCGAAGUCCAAUGAGAAAGCUGAGGAAUAGGGCCGGAGUGGCAAAGACUCUGAUUGCUUCAGACCUGACAGCCUGCCUAAGAAAUACUGAGCUUCCUGCUCCUCUUCUCUCAGGGGAACUGGGCUGUGAGCCACACACUUCUCCCCCCAGACAGGGACACAGGGUCACUGAGCUUUGUGUCCCCAGGAACUGGUAUAGGGCACCUAGAGGUGUUCAAUACAUGUUUGUCAAAUUGAAUUUGUUGAUGGAAACUGGAAACAUUGAGGCAGACUUUCUGGGAAGAAUGGUCAUCUGAGGCCAUAUGGAAGAUAAACAGCACCAUGGCAGAUGAGCCUGUGACUGAGGGGGACCAAGGACUCCCAGCUGGCCUGUAACUAUGCAGGCUCCUCACAUGACCCAAGCCAAGCUUCUCUGGUCAUUUUCGGCCCCAGCUUCCCCUCCUGAGUAAGCCUAAGCCGGCAAAGCACUGACCAUCAUCCUGGGCUUCUGAGUGACUGGAGUCAUGGCUCUGGCACAGCCCUGGGCAGUCUUCCAUCAGUCUCCUCUGUAACUCAGAUCGGACUUCUACCCCCAAAUCCCCACCUCUCCUGGGCCUCACAGGUUAUUUUGUUGCAGUUUCCAGGCCUCUCUGUAUACAGACUUUGUACUGCCCAAUUCAUUGCAUCCUGCCCACUCUCUGCCUCUAGGCCUUGUCCCCUAGUGACCUCUUUCCUUAUGGAGAAGGUACAUUGUGGGCUGAGUGCGGUGGCUCAUGCCUGUAAUCCUAGCCCUUUGGGAAGCUGAGGCAGGAGGAUCGCUUGAGCCCAGGAGUUCAAGACCAGCUAGGCAACAUAGUGAAACCUCAUCUUUACUAAAAACCAAAAAAAUUAGCCAGACAUGGUGGCAUGUGCCUGUAUUCCCAGCUACUUGGGAGGCUGAGGCUAGAGUACUGCUUGAGCCCGGGAGGUCAAGGCUGCAGUGAGCUAUGAUCACUCCAUUGUACUCCAGCUUGUAUGACAGAGUGAGACACUGUCUCAAUAAAAAGAAGGUAUAUUGCUUAGAGAAGCCUAAUCCUAGGAGUUCUAUCCUAGAAACUGCUAUCUUGGACUCUGGUUUAUUUCUUUCUUUCUUUCUUUUUUUUUUUGAGACAGAGUCUUUCUCUGUUGCCCAGGCUGGAGUGCAGUGGCACGAUCUCAGCUCACUGCAAACUCUGCCUCCUGGGUUCAAGCAAUUAUCACACCUCAGCCUCUGGAGUAGCUGGGACCACAGGUGCGCACCACCAUGCCCGGCUAAUUUUUGUGUUUUUAGUAGAGACGGGGUUUUGCCAUGUUGGCCAGGCUGGUGUCGAACUCCUGAUCUCAAGUGAUCUGCUGCCUUGGCCUCCCAAAGUGCUGGGAUUACAGGCCUGAGCCCCUCUGCCUGGCCAACUGUGAUUUAUCUCUUAUCGACACCUGUGCCUCCCCUGACUCAAUUUUUAAUUUGUCCCGCUCAUUUUACCUAAAGAAUGACUCUCCUGUUGGUUUUCCUUAUCUUUAUUCUCAUUGAUUUUUUUUUUUUUUUUUUUUUUUGAGACAGAGUCUCCCUCUGUCAAGCAGGCUGGAGUGCAAUGGUGCAAUCUCGGCUCACUGCAACCUCCGCCUCCCAGGUUCAAGUGAUUCUCUCACAUCACCCUCCGGAGCAGCUGGGAUUACAGGCAUGGGCCACCACACCUGGCUAAUUUUUGUGUUUUUAGUAGAGAUGGGGUUUCACCAUGUUGGCCGGGCUAGUCUAACUCAUGGCCUCAGCUGGCCAAAGUUCUGAGAAUAUAAGCCUGAGCCACUGCACCUGGCUGGCAUCUCAUUGGCUUUUAGUUCAGAUAAAAUUCUACUUCCUGUCCUAAAGGGGAAGUGAGAUAUGUAGGUAGACAACACAGUUUAGUAAGAGCCUCAACAGAAGCACACAGUGGUGGCAGUCCAAAUUUUGCUGGGGUAUGGGAAGUCAGCAAAUAGUAAUUAGAAUAGCUGCCAUUUUUAAUUGCAGUUGCAAGACUGUGCCCUACAGUUUAAAUACUUUAUUUGAUUUAAGCUGCCGAGAAGGCUUUGAUGUUCUCAGCUGGAUAAACUGAGGUUUAGAGAGGUUUGUGUUUAGGACCUUCUCCAAGGUCACACAUGUAACAGGUGCAGAGCCAGGACUGCAGGCUGGUUUGUCUGACUUCAGAACCUGUGAUACACUCAACAAGACCAAGAGGUUCAGCAGUGGAGACCCCUUUCUUCUUCUUGGAUCUCCAGCACUUGGUUUAAAUGGCCAGGUGAGCCCUUAUGCUUGGGGAAAUGCCUGACUUGUUUGAGAACAGGCACCAUAUCUUGUUCAUCACUGCAUGCAUAAUGCCUAGCAGGGUCCAGGCACUCAGUAGUUGCUUUCUGAAUUAGAUUAUCACAUUGAAAACCUAUACUUCAACCCAUAUUACUCUUCACUCUUGCACAUUGUCUUCUUCCUCUUAAUAAGUCAAACUUGUUGAAAGUAUUGCCCGUCUACACACCUUCUGAUUCUUCACUUCUUAUCAUAUGUUAACCCACUCCAGCCUGGUCUCUGUCCCCACAACUUCAGCAAAAUAACUUUGUCACCACUGACCUCCAUGCUGCCAAAAACAAUGAACAUCUCUCUCUUCUCAUAUCAGUAGCCCUGUGAGCAACAUUCAGCGCAGUUGCCUUCCCCUUCCUUCUUGAUAUAUUUGGUCUCUUGGCUUCAUAAUACUACUCUUUCCUUCAUCAGCUCUAAGUAGCAUAAUAUUACCCUCUACCUCAAUUCUCCUUUAUUUCCUUAGCUGGGCCUUUUUUAUCUCCCCAAACUCUGUUCUUCAGACUUGGCUCUGGGCCCCCAUUCUUUAUUUCUCUACUCUCUUUCACAAGUCUAAAUAGUACUUAUAUGUGGAUGGCUUUUAAAAUUAUAUCUCCCCCUGCAAACCUCAUUUCUGAGCUCCAUGCUGGUACAUCCAACUGGCUACUUGACAUAUCUACAUAGCUGGCUUCCAGAUAUCUCAAACUUAACGUGUCCCAAAAUGAACUUGAGUUUUCCUAUCAGAACUCUUCACACUCCAGGUUUCUCCAUUUCAGUUAAUGACACGGCCAUUCUCUCUGUUCCUCACAACAGAUAGGGGAAUGUGUUGAUGCUUCCCUUCAACACAUUUACCCCCACAUCCAAUCCGCUGGACGUGGAUUCCAUCCACAUCUGCUGGAUGUGAACUUCCAAAGUUCAUCUCUAAUCCAUUGACUUCCUCUCAUUUACACCUUCAUGCUCCUGGCUACAUCAUUUCUCAUCUGGGGUACUGCGGUAGCCAUCUAACUAGUCUCCCCAUUUUCUUUUCUUUUCUUUUUUUUUUUUUGAGAUGAAGUCUCACUCUGUUACCAGGCUUGAGUGCAGUGGCACAAUCUCGGCUCACUGCAAC